GGAAUAGAAAUAUAUUCCAUAUUAAAUAGGCAGAAACAAAAAGGGGUAUAAGUAAAGAUUGAAAUGGUGAAAAUUUUGAUGUACAUAUAAAGAUAAUAAUAAAUAUUUUAAUUAAUUAAAUUUUUCUAAUUGUCUAUGGCGGAUUAUAUUGUUGAAUAGUAGGGUCUUUCAUUCACACACACACAUAUAUACACUCUGUCUCUUUGGUAUUCUUUUAUUGUUAGCAUUUGUAUUUCAUAUACAAUUAUAGGCUUCUAUUUGACUAACUGUCUAAUACCUAAACUAUAUAUACUUAUAUAUACAUAUGUAUAUAAAUAUCACAAUCACUUCCUGUAAUGGAUUCGGAGUUAUUCUCCGAUUUCGUAUUGUGUAUGUGUGUUUUACUUUUUUGAAUGUUACAGUUAAUAAUUAGAAAGAGGGAUAUACAAAGCGAAGAGAUAGAAAGUGAAGUAACCGCUAUGACAACAACAACAAUAAAAAGAGAAGAAAAGAAAAAAACAUUCAUAUUUCUAGUUUUAAUAUUAUCAAGAAUAGUUUCUCAGAGUUUGUUUUCUUUUUCCCGCUUCAUAAUGAUUCAAUCAGUGAAUGAAAUAACAUACAAUGAAACAUUGAAUAUUUUUGGUAAUAUAGUUACUAUCUAUGUGUUACUAGACAAAAAGGAGAAGAAAAAAAAACAACAACAACUCAGAGACUAUUUUAUUUUGGUUAAUGUGAAGUUCGUUGUAAAGUAUUUAAAUUGAGUUCAUAUUAUGUAAUAAAUUCAAAUGGGAUAAAUGUUAA